AUGUCAUUCAGAAAAAGAGGGGAAAUCGUUGGAGGUCCAAGAGGUCCAGCUCCUCAAAGGGGACCUACACCAUCAAUACCUGGUCGUCAAACUUCAAUCCCUGGAAGAAACCCAUCAGCUAUUUCACCUACGUCAUCUAUAUCUUCAUUCAGAAAAGCAUCUGCAAAACCUGAAGAUCAAAAAGAUAAAGAUAUAUCUUCAUUAAUAAUGUCGAAUCCUGGUGUGCGACCUUCAUUGAUUACUUCACAACCAACUGCAUCAACUGGAAGUUCAGAUUUAGAUAAGAUAUUACUACAUCAAGGUUUACCAUUAGGUAAUUCUUUGCUAAUUGAAGAAUCAGGUACAACAGAUUUUGCCUCAGUCUUGCUUAGAGCAUUUGCAUCCCAAGGUAUAAUACAUAAUAGAUUAGAAACCAAUGUAUAUAAUUCACAUGUGAUUGUGCUAGGAAUGACACCACAAUGGUCAAAUGAUUUACCAGGUUUAUAUAAAGGGUCAUCAAAAGAACAGAAAAAAGCCAAAAUAGCAGAAAAUGAAUCCAAAGUUAGUGUUUCAAAUAUAGCUCAUGCGUCAGAUACAGCAAGAGAUUCCAAAAUGAAAAUUGCUUGGAGAUAUGGAUUAAAUAAUAAAAAUGAAGAAAAGGAAAGUAAUACUACAGCUUAUGAAAACUACAGUAAUCAAUUUGAUAUUACUCAAAAAUUACAACCGGGCCCAAAUCCUCAUGAUAUUUCAUAUGUCCCAUUAACAAGUACAGUACAAUCUAUAAUUUCCCAAAUAACAAGAAUAAUUCAAGAACAACUAAAAACAAAUCCAUUAAAAGUUAUUAGAUUAAUAAUACCAGGUUUUUUAAACCCUUCUAUAUAUCAUCCAUUAUUUACCCAAUCAACAUUUGUUUUUCCACUCGUCCAUUCAUUAAGAUCUUUAUUACGUCAAUACAACAAUAAUUUAAUACUUAUAAGUUCAAUUUCAUUAGAUUUAUACCCCAGCACAUCAAAUUUAAUAACCAUAUUCCAAAUUUUAUUUGAUUCUAUAAUUCAUUUACAACCAUUUAAUCAAGAAAUGAGUCAAUUGAUUGAAAAAGCGUAUAAGAAUGAACCUUCAAAAAUUCAACAAGGUUUAGUUAAUAUUUUAAAAAUCCCAGUUUUGUCAGAAAAGGGUUUAAUGAUGAUUCAAAAUGGUGAAUAUGCUUUUAAAAAUGGUAAAAAGAAAUUUGAAAUUGAAGAAUGGGGAAUACCUGUUGAAGAUGAUUCAAAUGAUCAAAAUAAUACUCCUGAAGGUGGUAAAACUGCUAAAAAUAUUGAAUUUUGA